AUGACAUCGGAGCCGCCGCCGCCGCCGCCGCUGCGGGCGGGUGCUCUGCGCACGGGAAGCCCCCGGGCCCGGGUGGGCUCGUACCGGGCCACGUGUGUGUGCCGUUUGGGAAGCCGCGAGCGCCCGGCCGAGGGGUGCCGGGGCGCGGGCGUCUGCGCUGCUGCCCGGGGAGCCGGCGCCGAGCCCGCGAUCGAUACAGGUGGCUCUCCUACCUCCUGCCUGGUCACCUGCCUGGGACUGGCCAAGCACUCCAAGUGUCUGCUCGCCUUGAUGCUGUGCUGCGGGGUGCUGGCCCUGAUUCUCAGCUGGGCUUCCCUGGCUGCAGACACCGCCGCCGCCGUGGGCACCAGUGACUUCUGCGUGGCUCCUGACACCUUCAUCCUGAACAUCACACAGGGCCAGGUUAGAACAGAGGUGACCCGCUACUACCUGUACUGCAGCCAGAGUGCAAGCAGCCCCUUCCAACAGGUGCUGACUGUCUUCCAGCGCUCACUGACCACCAUGCAGAUCCAGAUUGGGGGGCUGCUGCAGUUUGCCGUGCCCCACUUCCCCUCGGCAGAGGGAGAUCUGCUCGAGAUCCAGCUGCUGCUGAACUCAUCUGAGGCCGGCCUUCACCAGCUGACGGCCAUGCUGGAUUGUCGGGGGCUGCACAAGGACUACCUGGAUGCCCUCACUGGCGUCUGCUACGACGGCAUCGAGGGCUUGCUCUACCUCGGCCUCUUCUCCCUCCUGGCUGCCCUGGCCUUCUCCAUCAUGAUCUGCACGGGGCCACGGGCCUGGAGACACUUUGCCACCAGGGACAGGGACUAUGAUGACAUCGACGACGAUGACCCCUUUAACCCCCAGGCCCGGCGCAUCGCCGCUUACAACCCCCCUCGUGGGCAGCUUCACAGCUUCUGCAGCUACAGCAGCGGCCUGGGCAGCCAGACCAGCCUCCAGCCCCCUGCCCAGACCAUCUCCAAUGCUCCUGUCUCUGAGUACAUGAACCAAGCCGUGCUCUUCGGCGGGAACCCACGCUACGAGAAUGUUCCGCUCAUCGGAAGAGGCUCCCCCCCUCCCACGUACUCUACAGAAACGUGUGAUACCCGAUGGUUAUUCCGCGAGCGCCCGGCCGAGGGGUGCCGGGGCGCGGGCGUCUGCGCUGCUGCCCGGGGAGCCGGCGCCGAGCCCGCGAUCGAGUAA